CCUGUAUAUUUAAACACUUCAGCGUACUUCUUUCUACUUACAGAAAGCUCUCUUCUAAGUUCUCUGAAUCUUAACAUUCGAAUCUUAAAAUAAUUCGAAAAAACCUGUCCUCUUCUCUUUUCUUGUUUUUUUUUGUUCUCUUUUCUGUUUACCUUAAUCGGUUACUGGUCUGAAAGUUAUGUCCCUCUCGAAAUUGGCUAAUACGAUCGGUUUCAGGUUCUGUCUGACCGAAGAGGAGAUCAUCGACUAUUACCUCCGGAUCAAAAAUCUGGAAAGUAACACGAGCCAUGUCGAUGAAGUCAUUAGCACAGUCAAUAUCUGUAGCUCCGAUCCUUGGCAUUUACCUUCCAUGGCGACUACCAUAGUUGAAACGACCGAUCUGGUUUGGUAUUUCUUUGGUCGUAUAGAGAACAAAUACAACACAGGUGAUCGACAGAACAGAAAAACACAUACCGGGUUUUGGAAGAAAACCGGAGAGACAGUGGAUAUCAAGCGAAAGAGCGGCAAUCGCGAAAAGAUUGGUGAAAAAAGGGUUUUGAUGUUUUACUUGAAAGGUGGAUUGAACUCCAAAUGGGUUAUGCACGAGUAUCACGCUACCUUCUUCUCUCCUCCUAACCAGAUGAUGACAUAUACACUCUGUAAAGUAGAAUUUAAGGGUGAAAUGAGAGAAAUUGAGAAAAGUCGCUCUUUAUACCCAGCUCCGAUGAGUAAUGAUAAUAUUGGUGGUUUGAUGAUUAAGAAUCCAUGUCAGAUUACUGGAUCUCCUCUAGAUUUGGUUGCAACGGACUGGGCUAUGGGUAAUAUAUUAAAUCCUGAUUUCGUAGGCUUAUUAGAUGGCAAUGACAUGAAAUUGUAAAUACUCAUGUGUUUAGAUGGCAAAAUUGGUUAAGAAUAAACUGCAGUAGUGAAAUGUGUGGCUUUUGCCAAUUAUAAAUAGUGACAUAUACUACUUUACUAAUUAUGUUUGAAAAUGUACUAAAUUGCAAUUUUCUCAAAUUUUAUUAUGUUACCUAAUAAUCUCCUCUGUUUUCAGCAACGCCGGCUUAAACAUAUUAUAUGUCUAUCUUGUUUUUGUAACUUUUCCAAA